ACUUACUCUCAACAUUGAAACAUCCAAAUAUUGUUACAUAUGUUGAAUCAUUUCGUUCGUGGGAUUCGCAUCUAAAUAUUGUUAUGCAUUAUUGUGACGGUGGUGAUCUGUAUACGAAAAUAAGAGAGAAAGAAUCCGAAAAUCAGUUGUUCGAUGAAAGCAAAGUUAUUGAAUGGUGUGUUCAAAUAUGUAUGGCUUUGCAGUAUAUACAUGACCGACAUAUCGUGCACAGAGAUUUAAAAACACAUAAUAUUUUCUUAACUAAAAAAGAAAUUAUUAAACUUGGAGACUUCGGUAUUAGCAGAGUUCUUGGUGAUGUCGGCAACUUGGCCACGACUAUAAUUGGCACUCCAUAUUAUAUGAGUCCAGAAAUAUUCUCAAAUACACCGUAUGAUCAAAAGACCGAUAUAUGGUCAUUAGGUUGCUGUAUGUAUGAAAUAGUUAACCUUCACCAUGCAUUUGAAGCUACAGAUAUGAAUUCACUUGUUAUUAAAAUACUACGAGGACGCACACCGCAAAUACAUGGGAAUUACAGUGACGAAUUGAAACAAAUUAUUAAAGCUACAUUAUCGAAACGACCAGAGAACAGACCAACAGCCGAAAAUAUUCUGAAAAAUAGAUAUAUUAAACAACAUAUUGUACAAAUGUUAGAAAAUAUUAAACGAAGGCUUGAAAAUGAUGCUCAAAGAAAACAGCUGGAACAACAAAGUCCUUUAACGGUGCCAUCGAAGUCUAAAUUUACAGAUCUACCAUCAACCAAUAAUAUCACCACAAAAAGCAUGACAGAUUUGUCUAUCAGUGAGUCACGCGCACGUCGACGACAAAAAAACAGUGCUAAAUCGCAUUCACCAUCCCAUACUAUAGUCGAGCCAACUACUGCAGUUGCCGUUGAUGCUGACGAUGUAUUCUGGAAUGCAAAUGUACCUGAGGUGCGAGAACAGUAUCCAGUUGAAAAACUACGAUGUUGUUUUGAGCAGCGUGAAAAAAUGAGCGAGGACAAUUAUCAACACUGUCAAAUCAAUAAUGAAUUUACUGGUCUAUCAAAUUCAGCUCCUAAUAUAUCAAAUAUCAAUACGAAGCAAAAAGCAACACCUCCAGUGAAAUUCCUACCAUUGCCAUUAGCAACUGAAACAGUGCCUGUUGAAGAUUCAAAGCAAACGAAUUAUCGUUAUUUUGAUAUUGGUGAUUUGCCAGAUCAAACUUUAUUGCCUAUUACAGGAUAUAAUAAAAAAUCAUUGACCUCGCUUGAAAAUGCUGUUCGAGAUUUGGAACAUCUUCUCGAUGAUAUUCAAGUAAAAAUCAUUAUAGCUAAGAAGAAUGUUCAGAAAUGCCGUGGCAUAUUGUCCAUUGAUGAAUCAGCUGCCAUACAGUUAUAUACAAUGGAGACAUUGCCUCUUGAUCGUUGUCUUUAUUACAAUCUCAAUAAAACUUUACGUACAGCUAAUCGACGGGAAUUAGAGCCAUGGUUUUCGUAUUUAAAACUACUUCUGACAGCAUUAUACAAACUACCAUCUGUUAGACGUACAGUUUGGCGAGGAAUUAAAAACGUCGAUCUCAGUAGCGAAUAUCAAGAAGGACAAUGUUAUACCUGGUGGAAUUUCAGCUCCUGUACAGAUACGUUAACUGUGAUGCAAACAACUCAUUUUCUAGGAACAAAGGGUCUUCGAACAUUAUUUGCUAUUGAAUGUGAAAAUGGAAAAGAAAUUAAGGACUAUUCCUACGUUCGCAAAGAAAACGAAAUAUUAUUGCCACCAGCUAUGUACAUCGAAGUUUUGGGAAAAAUAAAUCCUGCACCUGAUUUGCAUAUCAUACAUGUGCGAGAGACAUCACCACCUUACGUAAUGAUUAGUCCACCGUUUUAA